CGUUUAUAUACAUGAUAUUUGAAACGUUGGGAAAACUAUUGAUUUUGAUUGAUUGAUGAAACCGUUAUUAAAGAAAUUAUGAUAAAAAUACUCAUGGUGAUUGGUGCAUUCGGAAAAUGAGGAUUCCCAACAUUGUGCUUUUUUGUGACAUUUUUUAAAAGUUAUUUUUCGAGUUCAAUUGAUUUUGUUUUUCAUAGUGAAUUGAGGAUUAUUUUUCCAAGUGAGCGCCAAACAUACGGUGAGUGGCGUUGGUAAAGUGGAUUUGUUCCAAAUAAAUAUACAGCUGAAUCCGUCCACUUGUUGAUUUAUUACAAAAAGUGAAUGAUGGAUCUUGGGGAAAGUACGACCAGUAGAAUAAGUAGAUGGAACUCUACGCCUCACUUCCAAUUACCAGAACAACCGUCUACCAAAUUCAUUGACAGAUUUAUCCGUUUGAGAACUACAUAUUGGAACAAAGGAUACGCAGUGGUUUUGCUUGGACUUAUAGGUUUUUUCAUUACGUCGCUUCAAUUGAGUUCAUAUUUUAAGUUUAUUUGGUUUAUGGCACUACAAAAUCAAAUUGACUAUUCCUAUUAUUAUUGCAUGUCUUACACCAUGCAUGGAUAUUAUACCGGUGUAAUACUAGGUGGUGUUUUAGCAACAGUUUAUCCGGCUCACAAUAUCUUAGGAAUUUUCGUCACCAUAUCGUCGAUUGGUCAGUUAAUUUCAGUCAUAAGUAUAAGUUACUUAAACACUCACACACAUUGUUUUUUACAAUUUUUUGUCGGAAUGACAAUGGCCGUUGUGGAUGUGUCACUUUACAGAGUUUGGACGUAUUGGGUCCCACAAGAUAAACAGUCAAUACGUCACUUUCCAAUAGUAUUAGCCGAUAAAAUAUACCAUUAUAUGAUGAGAGGAAUGCAAUAUCUUUAUUAUUUCGGUAAGUGUAAAGGCAUGUGA